UUCACAUUCUCAACACCUCCUCUUUCUUUUCCUCCACCUUCCUUCCUCCUAAAAGACGCAAAACAAGAAAACAUUUUCUUCCAUCCUUGAUUGAAGUUUUACCCUUUUUUUAAAAUUCAAUCUUCUUAUUUAGCCUUUCGUUUUAGUUUGGUGGAGAAAUCAGUAUUUACAUAUAUGGGCAGAUCAUUCAGAUGAUUUAUCUAGCAGGGGUACUUGAUCGCAACCUUCUUUAUCGCUUCUCUUUUCGUUGGCAUUUUUUGCCAGGCAAUCCCGGUGAUUUUUCUUGUUAGCGACAUGAAUUCUUUUUGCUUCCUUGCUUCCUGGUUCGGAGGCCAGAAGAUAUGCGCUACUCAUUAUCGUUGGAUAGUUAGUUUGUGUUUGGAUUUUUCAACGGUGGCUCGUAAUAGAACUGAAGCUGAGAUGUGGAUGCCUUUGGUUGAUACAUAAUACAAUUGUCUUUGUGGUAUUAGUGAACUAGUUUUGUAGGAAUCAUUUUGUUACUCUUCAAUGACUUUGCUAGAAUUAGGAGACCUAAAUUCCCUUCUCUGUUAUAUUCUAGAUGAAUUUGAAUAAUUAGAAUUGAUUAGAAAAUACUGCAACGUAGAAAAGUAAUAGAGGCAAGAAAGUGUGAGCAAGGAAGAGAAGGAAUAACUUAUUUAGCUCCACUUACAUUACUUGGUUCACCAUUCUUUGCAAUAUCAGCAAUGGGGUUGCCGCACGUUUCCUCAGAUGAUAGUUCUGAGGAAGGUCAAGCAGCAUCUGUAGAUGCAUAUUUGCAAAGCCCACAACAGUUUUCAGGUGUCAGCAUCUUUGGCUUAGAUUGUAUACGCAGAGGAAGUUUUAGCCAGACUAUCGGGGGUUCCUUGUGUUCUUCACUAGGAGAUUUUCAAAGGAAAACUUCCUUGGAGCUUUCAGAGGAACCCGGAGGGAAAAUGAAUGCUUCAUGCAAUGCUCAUGGGCUGAAAAUUGGCUAUGCCAAUGAUGUUGGAUCGUUUGCUGCUUCUAGAAGUGGAAUGAAAGUCCAAAACCCUGCUUCUAGGAUUGUGGGUUUUGAAUCACAUGGAACUACUAAGGUAAUGGAGGGAACUCCUAGUGAUCUUCACUCUUCUCCUAUUGGUGUCAGAGCUAAUGAAACAGAGUCCGGUGUGUCAUUAGUCAGGAAGCGACUGUUGUCUCCAUUAAAUAGCAUGCUUUUCUCGGAUCAAUUUAGUGGUGACCCUCUGGACAUUAGAUACAGCAGCAAUCAAGUAAACUCCACUUCCUUAGCUGAUAAGCACAGGGCUUCUGUUCCACAAGACUAUAAGAAAGCAAAUGUUGGCAGCAAAAUGAAUUUCGCGACAUCAUCCUGGUCUUUGCCAAGCUGCUUUGAACAUGGAAACGAUCUAUAUAACAAAGGUGGAACAACUUCGGUUGUUUGUACAGACGGACCUUUACUAGAAAACAAGGAGUCCCAUCUUUCUCGUAAUUUUCCAUAUUCAUCUGGCCCUGAUCGAUUCCAAGAAUCAAAUAAGUUAAGGUCCAGAAGUGGAGCAAUUUCUAUAUCACCCCAAACUGCAACUUCACCUGUUUCUUUAUCACCACUAGGUCCAAAGUACAGUGAACGGAUAACAGCUGCCGGAAGAUGCAGGAAUCUUAAGAAGUAUACCAAUGAUUCUCAUUCAACUCUAAACAAUUCAGAACAGUCAGUUGAAAGGUUUAACUCCGGUAUUAUAUUUGCACCUGAAGAAGAGGAGUUUGAGAUUUCAAGCAGAUCAUUUGAACAUAUUGGUUACGUGCAUAAAGAAUUUCGCCCUUCUUCUCUGGAAAAUGCUGCUGGAGUAAGUUGGCCUUUCUGUCACGAACCACCCCCCACAUCUCCAUGUAUGAGAUCCUUAAAAGGUUUGGGUGGACUUCCUGUUAGGAGGUCCUUGGUCGGUUCAUUUGAGGAGUCGUUAUUGUCUGGAAGGUUUUUUUUGGUAAAGCACAGUCAGAGGAUUGAUGGUUUCUUAGCUGUUCUAAGCAUAACUGGAGGGAACUUCUCCCCUCGAUCACAGAAACUUCCGUUUUCUGUUACCAGUGUGGAUGGAGAUUGUUCUCUCCUGUACUAUGCAUCCAUAGAUCUUUCAAGGAAUUCAUCUUCGAAUAAGUGUCGAGAUCAGAAGCUGAAAAGAGGCCUUAGCAAUGAUGAACCACAACCUGUUAGAAGCCGGUUGCAUAUUCCUGUGAAAGGGCGCAUACAAUUGGUACUUAGCAAUCCAGAGAAAACACCUCUUCAUACGUUCUUUUGCAACUAUGAUCUCAGUGGCAUGCCGGCUGGCACCAAGACAUUCGUGCGCCAGAAGAUUACACUAGCAUCUUCUAAUCCCAACUCUGCUGAGCUGAACAGUAGUGAAGUUAAAGGCAGUGAAGGCUUGGAUUCGAUACAAAUGACUGGCUGCAACAAUGAUCAGUGCAAGGAGUACACCUACACUGACCGGAAACUUUCCCAUGGUGGUGUUAAGAUCAAUGAAAAUACUAACGGUGCUGGUUCACUACGAUAUGCUCUUCAUCUCCGAUUUCUUUGCCCUUCGCCCAAGAAAUCUUCAAAGUCAUUUCAGAGAUGUAAAUCUGAUCCAGGAUCAGUUCCACAGAAGAUCAGCCUUGAUAAGAGCGGGGACCGGAGGUUCUAUUUGUACAAUGACUUCAGAGUUGUCUUCCCUCAACGUCACUCAGAUGCAGACGAGGGCAAGUUGAACGUGGAAUACCAUUAUCCAGACGAUCCAAGAUACUUCGAUAUCUCCAACUAAAACAUCUUAAAUUACGUCACAGAGGCAUGCUUUAUUUUUCGCCGACCUUGUACAUGUUUCAUUUCAGUCAUCUCAUCCCGAAAUGGCACUAACCCUGAUCAACCUGUAUAUAUCUCGAGUCUCUCAAAUAAUUUGAUGGGUUAAACAUUGU